CUUUAAAACAAUACCAAACUAUAAAAAUGGAGGCUUAUUACAAAAUGCCAGAGAUGACUUACAAGACAUACCUCAGGAACUGAGGAGUCUACGGUCAAGAUGAUUUUAACUCAUAUAAGGCUGAAGAAGUGACACUUCCAGAAACCCCCAACUCAGAGCUGUGCUGCUCUAACUUUAAACAGGGUCACAAAUGUAUUUUUGGAGGAAAAUGAAUAUUCUCUCAUAGCAUUGGAGAUAUUAGGGAGCCAUGACAACCAUCCGUUAGCAAUAUCAAGAAAGAUGUGAGGUUAUUCAAGAACCUCAGCUUCUGGGUUACCAAUAUCGUCCUCAGUUUCCUUCGUAACGAAGAGAUAUUAGCAUUAAGAAUUGUCAAUAAAGAAUCUAAGACUUGGUGUCAAAGGGCAUACUCUGCAAGAAAUGUAGAGUUGAGUAAGAUUAGCUUAAAAACAGCUCAAUUUUUUAAGAGAGCCAUGACACUUGAAAUCAAUCACGAAUCUAGUAAAUUCUUUAAGACUUACAAAGACUCUUUCUUUGAGGAUAUUUUGAACCAUUAUGCAAACCUUAAGACAGUCAAGAUUGAUUUAAACGAGGUGUUUGAUCAGACAAAGAAGAAUUUUAUCAUUGACAAAAUCACUUGUUUUCCACUAAAAAUCCAUAUUGAAGAGGUUAAAGCUAUCAGAAGUAUGAUCAAAUCUAGGGAUUUGGAAUCUCUCACAAGCACUAAUUUCUUAGAGAAUGUCUCUAAACUCAGUCUCUCUAUGAAUGGAAUUGCAGAUAUGGAUCUAGUGCCAAUAGUCAGUGCUAAAGUUCUGAGAAACCUAAGAGAACUUGAUCUUUCUAGCAACCAACUUACUGACGAAGGUGUGGAAUACCUAGUGUCUACAGAAAUAUUCGAAAAUUUGAGAAGUUUGAAUCUCUCCUUCAAUAAAAUUGAGAAUAAAGGUCUGAAAACACUAGCUAUCGCUACGUCAUUUCCUAACCUGGAAUGAUUAGAGCUUGCAAACACAAAGGUUAACAAGAAAGGAAUUUCAGAAUUUGCCAUUUCCAAAAAUUACUGUAACCUUAAAAAGCUUGUUCUUAGCAAUAAUAAGAUUAAAGAGGAAGGUGCGAAAGAGCUUAGCUCAGCUGGAAACAUGAGAGAGUUGAAAGAACUUAUCCUUAAGCAAUCUAAAUUAGGAGAUGAGGGAUGAACAAACCUGAUGAAAUCUCAUUCUCUGUUAAAAUAACAUCGGACUUCUUGAUUUAGGAGACAAUGGUAUUACAAAUUUUGGAGCAGAAAUCAUUGCUAAGAAUGCCCAUUUACAAAACUUAACCACGCUUUUGAUUCCGAGGAAUAAUAUCAAGGAUUCAGGUUUGAUGCAAAUAGCUUCUUCAAACUUCAUCAAGAAUAUCCUAGACUUGGACAUUAGUCAUAAUGGAAUCAGUCAUGAAGGUGUUCUUGCCAUUACCCAAUCAGAAGUUUUCUCUAAAAUUGAGAAGUUAGUGAUAUCAGAGAAUGAACUGGGAGAAGAGGGAGCGAAGUACCUCUCUCAAUCUCAGAACUUCUUCUACCUACAGCAUUUGGAUCUCAGAUACAAUAACAUUGGAACUGACGGUGGAGAGUAUUUUGUUGAUAGUGAAGCUUUCCCGAUGCUUAACAAGCUGUUUAUCUACCAUGGAAAUGAUAUCGAUGAGCACACAAAGAAAUCUAUACACAAGUCAAAGAAUUUAAGAAAUUUAAUAACUCUCCAGUAA